AGUAUGGCGGCCUAACAACUCAUAGCAACAUGUACAUAAAUUACUUAAAAGUCAUAUUAUAAACAAAUAUCGGAUUGAAUUAUGGAUAUAUUUCAAUAAUUAUAACAAUAAUAGUGUUUUACAAACUACUAAAAUGAGAAACAAUGCAAAAUGAGUAUUUUACAUGAGUAAACAACUCCUGAAUUGUGGACUUCAAAAAUGAAAGCUUUGGAGCAUAUAUCUGAGGAGAAUUUGGAGGAUCUGCUUGCCUAUGAUGACCUCUUCCUGGACUACUUUAAUGCUUUCCUCUCCUUACCUGCAUUCCCUCAGCCCUUGUAUUACAACAGACUCACUGGGACGUUCCAAGAGCGUGAAGGGGUGGUGAGUCACAGUAUUCAUGGUUCAGUGGUUCUACCUGAGACCCCUCCAUAUGGAGCGACUGAUAAGGAGCGGGAACACAUGCUGGCCUGGGCUAAAGCUGAGCGACUGCCUUUCUUCUUGAAUACCGAGCUGUUUAGGGAGUUCAAGCUGUGUAAGCUGUUACUACGACAACUAGAAGAUGGACGUAUGAGUGGCAAGAGCUCUCAACAACAAGUGCGUGGCUACAGUCGUCAGAGUGAGAGCUACGUGUCCAGCCUUAGCAACAGUGCAGAUAACAGUGCCAAUGAAGACUCCACUGACUAUGAGGGGGAGUAUGUCAUAUGUGGUGGCAUUAGGAGGUCUGCUUUGUACCCCUAUGAGAGACCUGGUAGCAGAGCUCUUAGUUUACCCCCGAAACUUGGCCUGGGUCAUGUGGAUUCCCAAGACCCAUCAAGCAGCAGAUCCCUACAUGGGGCAGACAGUAAGCGUACAGUGAGCAAAAAUACCAGUCGUAGCGCAGGUAGCAAACAGACUGGCCGUACUUCCAGCAAAAAUCAGACUGUUCCCCCUCAAACCUUUGACUCUGGUAUGGGGACAUCUCUGAUGCCAAGCACACGUGAAGAUAUGGGCCCAAGAGAGAUCACCUUCACCACCCGCAAUGACACAGUCCUAGACUCAAUUAAUGAGGAUGAAAUAGGACCAAGUGUGUCUAGGCAGGUUUCUGCCAAAAGUGAAAGGUCAUCAAAAGUGGUCAAAAGUGCAAAAAGACGCCAGAGUAAGACUCAGAAUGGUGGAGAUGUCAAGCAGAGUAAGGCGGAGAAUGGGAAACGUGCAAACUCAGCACCUCAGAACUACUUGGACUUCCUUGGAAUGAAGAAUUACUCAGACUAUGAUGCCAUGUAUGGUGAAGAUGAGCCUGAGGCAGGGGAUAUGCUGGUAACAUUCCAGGAGGAGUUCCAAGAUGAACAGACAACUGAGAUUGAGGUUAAGACACUAGAAAUUAAACUGAAUAUGAGUUUACAAGAAAUGAAGGAAAAGAUGCUUGGUUCAGUUGAAAAGAUGGCAGCUUUUAAGAGGUUCCUUGACGACACAUCGGGGAAGUUUGCCUUUAGUUUCUGGAAAGAUUGUGAGUACUACAAGGAUACUACAGAGACCUGGGACGAAACUUCAGGCCUCAUAUCUAGGAAUAAACUAUUCCGUGACAUAAGGGACAGAUAUCGGAUGAAUCUGACAAAAGAAGCCAGGGCCCAGCUAGCGAAGGCAUCAGGCAGUAGCAAUUUAAGUCAUACAAUAUUCAUACGUGCGCAAUAUGAUGUUUUAAGACGUUUACGGACUUAUUGGUUGCAAAGAUUUAUUCUUCAUCAAGAACGAACUAAUAAGGAGAUAUUCUUAACUCCACGAUCAGACUAUGAAAGUAUAACGUCAGAGGUACCGGAUUUACCCCAAAAGUCAUUAGUGUCACGAUCACAAACAGUUGUUUCAAAUACUACAUUCUUUCCUUCAAUCUCAUUGGUUAAUUCUCUACCAGUCAGAGCAGAGGAAGUGCUGCAUGCAGCGAGAACGUGUGAUUGGGAGUUUAUACGCAAAAGUGGCAGGGCAUUAGACAAUAGAGUGAAAUCUGCUAAAGUUCGCUUUGAACCAACUACGGCUAGUAGCCGCACAUUGAGAGAGAGGCUGAUUACUGCACUCUCAACUGACAGAGAUGCUGGAGGACCAUUCAAACAGUUCCUGGAAAGGACUGACCCCUACCUACUUGCCAACUUCUUAUUCUGGGAGGAUGUCACUGAAUAUGGCCAGUCUGAAGACAGAUCAGCAGAUAGGCUGCUUAGGAUGGGACAUGCCUGGCUUAUAUUUAACAGAUAUCUCUCACUCAAUAGUCCUUACAACAUAGGUCUGAUGCCAGCAGAGAGGGACAAGAUGUAUGCAGUAUUACUGAACACCAGAGACUUUGUAGAAGCCAAAUUAUUCCAGGGUGCCAAAAACCAUGCCACGAUUUUACUAGAGAAAGCUUGGAUCAGAUAUCUGAAAGAGGAUCUAAAGACAUAUAUUGAGAGUCGUAUAAGAGACACAGAUGAUGAUGUGCCCACCACUGCUGACGAGAUUGAGGUUGUAGUUGAGAAAGAACAGGUGAUUGUCAGACGUCGACCCUGGGUAGCUAGAUAUCCACAGUCUACAGAUUCAGAACGAGGGCAGAGAUUACGAACUGCUCUUUCCAUGGCGGAGAGUAUUGAUGAAGCACGACGCACUGAAAUACGACAGAAGAUGCGCGAGAGACGACGUAUCAUGGAAAAGGAACGAAAGAAAGCUGUCAGAGCUGCUAAAGCCAGACAGGCUGAAUUGAAGAAAAUGAAGCGAAAAAAUGUGACUUUCAAAAAGAAAGAAGAGCAGGCCGAGCAAGAUCAGUAUGACGAUGAGGACCAGAAUGAGGAAGACUCUAACAGAGGGUACAGUCCCCAGUACAGGGAAUCUAGAAACCGUAGUGUCAGAAGUGAGGAGAGUGAUGAAAAACCAGCAGAUGUCCCUUCUGAGAAGAAAGUCACAUUCUCGACAAUGGCUGAUAAUAAAGGGGUUAUCUCGUUGUUUAAGAAGUACAUGGCUGAAAAUGAGACGAGGGAACGCAUGAACCUACUCAACCUGUACCUUGAUGUUGAUGCCUACAAGAGCAUGGGAGCAAAAACUGACCCAAAGGACAAGAAGAAGAAAGAUUUGCAGUCAAAUUAUAUAUUUAAGACAUAUUUUGAAAGCACAGCAAGGAAGAAGGUACACUUGAGUGAUAAGAUCUAUGCAAGGCUCAGUGUGGAGAAGGAUCGACCCCGCUCUCCAACCCUUAAGGAGACCCAGAAUCAUCUCACGCCACAACUUACGGAGCUCUUUGAUAACUUCUGGAAGUCUCAGGCUGAUGAGUUUGGUAUGGACUCUAAGCAGAUGGCCAACAUGUCGCAGGCUGAGAUGGCGCUGAGGUCUGACAAUGACACGAGUCUACUAAAGGGAUGGAACAAGAAGAAAGGAGGCAAGAAUAACAAGCCUGAUGGACGAGCACAACCGACCAAAGAGGACAAGGUUGAAUUUCUGAUGAUGCUCACUGAGAGUUGUCAGGGUGAUAUGCCAAUCAAAAUGCAGUAUUUUCUCAAAUAUCUCGUAAAACAUGGCGAGGAUGAUGGGUUCCCUAUGGCUGACAAAGAUCUAUGGUUUUACAUGGAGGUGCAGAGGUUUAGGGACUGCCACCAUAGUUUCAGUGAUGAGCAGUUACUUCAGCGUAAGGUGCAGUCAAUGUUAGACACAUACCUUGAUGCCAGCACACAGCCCUCUUUACAAAUUGACAUAUCGAGUGAUAUCCACCAGAAGACCAUACGCUCCUGCCAGAGGUACCUAGCUGGUAAGGACAUGAGUCCUGGUAUAUUUGAUGAGGCGCAGUACCUCGUCUUCAAGGAGUUGCUUCCAUACUGGGCUGGCUUCUCAAAAUCUUAUAAACCCCCUGUGGAUAAUGCAAGGCCUAUGACAAAACAUGAAAAAGAUUUGAAAAAGCGCUAUGAACUGUUUGAGUCUUGGGAACCCCCUAAGAAGGCAGAUUUCCAACUUCCCACGCUACCCCAAAGGGGGGCAGUGUGUAGUGUCACUUUCACAAUGGCCAAGGGGAUUGAAUAUAAGGAGGCUGGUGGUUUUGAGGAGGCUGGUGAGAGUCUUGCUGCUACACCAGUGAGUGGUAUAGCCCCAAUGAGAGUCCUGAAUCGCUCCAGUAGUACCCUGCACCUCAUACCACCCACCAUCAGUGAACUACCCCCACAGCAGAGUAGGCGCAGGCUAAGUGUCAUAGCUGCCAAAUAGGCAAUGAUUCUCCACAGCAGAAUAGGC